UUAGGAAACGACCCGACCCAUCAGAUCCGACCCUACUCGACCCGACCCAUAUUUUAGAAGUCUGAAAUCAGAAGUAAAUAUAACUGUAAACUGAGGCCUCUUGAAAUUCUUCUGCAAACUUUUGCUUCCAUCUGAUCCUUAGUCAGAGUUUCAAUCUAAAAAUACUCCUGCAGAAAUGUAUGAUAAUCUGGGAGCACAGCCUGGAGUGCCAAGACCGUCUGUUAAUGCACAGGCAAAUCCUUUUGGAAAUGCCUUCUCUGGUGGUAGCUCGGGGUUCAUCAGAAGUGGACUAGGGGCUUAUGGAGAAAAAAUCCUUGGUUCCAGUUCUGAAUAUGUUCAAAGCAAUAUAAGCAGGUAUUUUUCUGACCCCCAGUACUACUUCCAAGUGAAUGACCAGUACGUGAGAAACAAAUUGAAAGUUGUGCUUUUCCCAUUUCUACACAGAGGUCACUGGACAAGAAUCACAGAGCCGGUAGGUGGCAGGCUAUCCUAUAAGCCCCCAAUCUAUGACAUCAAUGCUCCAGAUUUGUACAUUCCAUUCAUGGCAUUUGGUACCUACGUUGUUCUUGCUGGUUUAUCAUUGGGUCUCCAGGGAAGGUUUACCCCAGAAGCUCUAAAUUGGCUGUUCAUCAAGGGAUUAGUUGGUUGGUUUCUAGAAGUUUCUUUGCUGAAGAUGACAUUGUUCUCACUUGGUAGUGGAGAGGCUCCUCUCCUUGAUAUCAUGUCAUAUUCCGGAUAUGCUUUUACAGGAUUGUCCAUAGCUCUUCUUGGAACAAUUAUAUGGAGCCAUUCUUACUACUUCUUGAUGCCGUGGACAAGCUUAUGCAUGGGAAUAUUCUUAGUUAAGACGAUGAAGAGAGUUCUUUUCGCAGAGGUGAGGACUUAUGAUUCAAGCAGGCACCAUUACCUCCUCCUCUUCAUUGCCUUAGCUCAGUUCCCACUUCUCUUUUGGCUUGGAAAGAUAAGUCUUAAUUGGUUCUUUUGAGAAAGAAUAGUUAUCUCCAGCACUAAAAUGGCUCAGCAGCUGUGUUCUGUGAAGUAAUGUGAACAAUUUUGUGGAGGGUUUCCAUAGUACCUACAAUUGAGUCAUAUUAAAUGUGGUGUUUUGUGUAAUCUAUCCAAAUUUUAUAUGAAAACUUUCUGAUCGCUCUUACAAGCUCUUUUUCAAUUGACUAAACUCUAUUCAAAGGAUUAGUGAGAACGAGGUAAUAUUUCUAUAGUAGAAAUUUCUGAAAGUUUAUGUAACACUCUUUAGAUGAUUGUAUGGUAAAUUGAAUACGAUUAACAUUUUUUUAACUUUUAUUCAAAAAUGUUUGCUCCUGCA